GUAACCAAGACGUUAGGACAGUCCCUGUGCUGCUAGCCAUGAUUGCUGGCUUUGCCUUCAAUGGCUUUGACUGCCACCACAAAAAUAAAAACUAUAUAAAUUAAAGUGGCCAUAACUCAGACCCUUUCUGCAUAUUUCAUGUUAAUCUUGAGUACUUACAGAAUAGAAUGGUACCCUUCAAAUAUCAGUAGUUGUAUCAGUUUGAUCUCAUUUUAAAAGACAGAUACAGCUGUAGGAUUCUUUCUGAAAACAUAAGACGCGUGCGGGGGGAGGGAUAGUUGGACCUAAAUUAUGUGCGCACCAAUUGCUAACAAAACACAGAUAUCAGUUACACUUACCGCGCGUGUGGUUCAGGUCCAGUAUCUUUUAGCGCUGGGACAACGCCAUAUAUCAGUUCCCUAAAUCCAGUGUUAUAUCCAUCGUUUAUAUAACAUCCAGUGCAGGCGCCACGGGGAGGAACAUGCCCCCCCAGAGGGAUAUUCAAAAUGAGCUCAUUGGUUUACUCAGCUCUGUAGUGACUGAGACCAUCGUGAAAGUGGGAAACUCCUAUUACACUUUAAAAUUGAAUUGCACCCGUGACCCAAGAGGCUGCGAAAAUAUUUCAAUUGUCAUUCGAUUUGUAAAAGAGAACAAGUCCUGCGAAGUGGUGGAGCGCCUGUUAACCAUUGCCACAACUGAAAUGGAUGAUGCCUAGAUGCUGACAGAUGCCCGUUCCCGUGCCCAGGAACAACCCCUGGGGGGCCCGCAGAAAGGAUCACAUUUGGGAGGGCCACAGACAGGAACAGACACCAGAGGGCCCGUCCCCAGGAACAUCCCCUGGGGUGCCCGCAGACAGGAAAAUACACUUGAGGCUCACAGACAGGAACAGCCAUCAGAGGGACCCGCAGACAGGUUGACAGGUCUUCAACGGAAUACAAUUCAUUGACAUAGGAGAAAACAUAACCCAAAAUCCCUUGAGGGGGAAAACAAGAACAAUAAACUUGACCAAAAAAAACUUGACUUAAACUUAACUUAAAGACAGACCAGGUGCAAAAGGAAAAGACAGGGAUGAAAACUAACGAUCCAGGAAAGCAAACAAAAAGGGUAUUAAAUCAAUGAGGAACAAAAGUGGCAAGUUAAGGUUAUGAACUGAGAAUGGGAUUAUGAAUAAGGAAACAAGUGGGCGGGGCUAAGAUGCAGGACGGGAGAGCACAAGGCACAAUCAAUGUCAAUGUGCCUUUCCAAAAGAAAUGGGGCUGUCAUGAUCCCGUCGGCCAGGGCUGGGUUUCCCACUAAUGAUGGAUCUUAGCAUUUAACAUAGCAGUGCUUUAAGUGCUACUUAAAAGUCACUAUCCAUUUGUCAGGUGCUGAAACGUCACAUUACAUUUAGUCAUUUGGCAGACACUUUUAUCCAAAGCGACUUACAGUGCACUUAUUACAGGGACAAUCCCCCUGGAGCAACAUGGAGUAAAGUGUCUUGCUCAAGGACACACUGGUGGUGGCUGCUGGGAUCGAACCAGCAACCUUUUUAUUUACCAGUUCAAAUAAGUUCAGUGGUUUAACCCACUAGACCACCAUCUCCGCUUAUUAUUACAAUGGCUAGUUUUUGUAGCACUCUUGUUUUCGAAAUGUUCAGGUUAAUUACUUUCACCGGAUGGGCAUUGGCAGGUGAAUAUUGUUUAAUGUUGUUCAACAUAUUUUUUGUGCGACUUGUAAUACUUUUAUAUGUGUAGAUAGGACUUAUUAACAGUAAUUGUACAAUGUAUUUAGCACGUUUUAGGGAAAAUAAAAAAGUUAAAAGGCUUUAUGUGUUUACCACAUUUUAUUAUAAUUUUGGGUGGUGUCAAGGUGGCAAUUUCAAGUUAAUUUUUUUUAAAGCAUACUGUAUGUAUAAUCUAGCUUUCUAGCUAUAAACAAAAUGUCUAUUGUACACAUACAUUACCAGCACUUUUUUAAUAAUAAGUACAAAGUGUGUUCAUUAGAAUAUGAAACUUUCAGUUAGAGAACGAUGAAGUGAAGAGCUAAUAAAUCCAAUUCCUAAGCAAAUCAGGCAUUCAGUUUCUUUAUGUAUUGUCUUCAGCAGUUGUUGAAAAAACAAUAGGCAGUGUGUGAAAUAUAAGGUUUGUAACAGCCUGAAAAUCUUUAAUCACAUGGUUCCUCUAAAUAAUUAGAGGAUAGUUCACAAUAGUCUCAAAGAAGAAAUCAUGGCUGGACAACAGCAACAUUAGAAAGACAAAGACACUGACAACCACCAAGCAUUUAGACCAUUUCCCUUUCAAACACAACAUUUUUACUUUAAUACCACAAUCCAGCAACAUCCAUGCAUCUUUUGUUAGAACUAACACCAUGCCUCUACUAUAUAUUUUUUUAUUCUUUAUUUUUAUUAAUGUAUGUUCAGUCUUUUUUUUAUGACCUUACUUAAAUACCUAAAUAACUUUAUAAUUUGACAGCACCUUACAAAAAUUUGUAGUAAAUAUAGCCUAACUUUAUGCUAUAUUUGUUGUGUAUGGUGAAUGCACUGGGUUUGAAACAGAUUGUAAUACUCUUAGUUAAUAAUUUGUACAAGCUUUCAUCUGAAAAGGAUGAUUUAAAAGAAUUAUAUAACAAACAUACAUCAUUUUAUUGAAAUAACUCAAAUUAAAUGUCGCAACUUGAUUAAAAUGAUGAUGGUCAUAGGAUGUUGAAAGUGUAAAAUGGCAUGCACAGUGUGGUCAGAGCAAACUUGACUUCCUCUGCCUGAUGUGGGUAAGAGUAUAAGAAACAGCAGCUUGCUCGCUUGUGUUUAUUAAGACAACAACAUGAGAAUCACACAGCUUCAAAUCUAUUUCUUCAUAUGGUGUCAAGCUGCAGAGGCUUUAGAUCAACUAACUGAUUUGGGACAAAAUGUGACUAUAAACUGUGAUCUGGAUGAAGGAGACAUUUACUGGUUAUUACUGAAAGUACCAGAUCCUCCUGUGAUGAUAUUACGCACUUUAUCAACAACAUAUUUUCUCUUCGACACAACUCUGAGACAGAAAUAUUCAGUACAAUCUAAAAAUCAUCUGUUUAUAAAUAACAUCACUGUUAAUGAAUUAGGAGUUUAUUACUGUAUGAAGACAGAUACACCUCCAAAAUUCAGCAGUGGCAUCAGACUGCAGAUAAAUGAGCCAACAGAAAGUCCAAAUGAAGAGAUCAGGUAUAAAUAUCAGAAUCAUACAGAAGUGAAAUAUAUUCAACAGAAUCAAAAACUGUGUACAAAUCUUACCAUCAUACUUGGUGUCCUGGUUGGUGUUUUGUUGAUUGUGGUUAUAGGGCUAUUAAAGGUUUUUGUUGUUAGAACUAAAAGAUUGGGAGAAUGUUCACAACAGAAUCAAGUCCAUGAAGACCCAAACCAACUACAGUAUGCAGAAGUGGAUUUUUUAAAAGUGCGUAAAAAGUCACGGCCCAGUAAAGCCGACAGCACCUAUGCUGCUCUAAAUCUGCCAAAACUGCGAACACAACAGUAUGAGUAACCAAACAUAUAUCUCACAACAUACAACUGUUUGUUUUUAUUAUUUUGAGACAUUCUUACAAAAUUUAGAACUUCAUGCAACAACCAGCCAAUAGGCCUAUGUAAAAUACUCAGAAUCAUGAGUUGUACCCUUAACGCUGACAUAAAUUAAUGCAAAACAAGUUACCAGUUGUUGAGUAUUCUGAAGUACUUUAAAACCCUAAUUUCAAAUAACAGUAUAUGUUAAGAACCACUUUGAAAGGCCUGCUCAUUUCACUUCCUCCUAGAAUAUCUUGUCUAAUAAACAUAUAAUUAGAUAUGACUGCUUGAAACAAGUUCUGACUGUUUAUGUAUAUCUUUUAUUAUUUUCCAAGCUAUGCAUGUAGUUUGACACAAGUUAAGUGAAAUGACGCUUUGUCGAAUGUCUGCUUUAGUCAAUGAGAUGCAGCCAUUGCUUAUCCAGUGUGGUUUGGUUAAAUAAAGUGUUUUCACAAACUUAAAA